UACAUAUACAGGAAUAUAAACGUUUGACAAUUGGAUUCGAUACGAUAAAUAGUUCGCACCAAAAGACUAAAGUGUCUAAAUUUGUAGUGUCUAUUUAUGCACUUCUCUCGAAUGCCAGCCACUGGCGAUUUUCUGAGUGGGAAAAGUGGCCAAUAUAAGAGGAUGAACUUUCCGCUGACCAAAUCGCAGUGGUCCGCCUGGCAAUCCGACUUCUACGAAUCACCGCAGAAUCGUCUGGCCCAGAAUGUGUGUACCGCUCGCGAUCCCAUCAACGUGUGUCUGCGUUCGCUUGCCGACUUGAGUGCUCAAGUAUUUUCUGGCGAAAGGACCUGGCAUGCUGUCGAAAUGCAGGGAAAGGCCACCACAGGCGGUCCUGGUUGGAUUUGCACGGGUCUGGACCUGCUGCGCCAGGAAAUGGACCGAAAGGUGCCGCUUCCGGCGGACUUUGAGCUCUCCGCAGCCCAUUUGUUCUUCUGGCAUAAACUGGAGCGAUGCAACUACUUUCUGUGGACGGUGGCCGAUCUGCUGAUGCAAUGCGAACCGCUAGAUGGACGCUGCUUUCGACAUUUCAUGAAGAACGCCAUUCCGGAUGGCGGCAACUGGCAGAUGUUCGUGAACCUGGUCAAGAAGUACGGCGUAAUGCCCAAGAAAUGCUACUUGUCCAGCCAGAGGAUACGAAAUAUGAACAAAAUACUGAGGAGCAAGCUCCAUGAGUAUGCCAGCAAGCUGCAUGCCCAGUUCACUUUCAAUGGCAAUGGCAAACAGCUGCCCGAACUUAUUCACAGCAUGAUUCCGCAACUGUUCAACGUGCUAAGCAUUUGUUUAGGAGAACCUCCUGAGGUUUUCACCUGGACGUACUAUGACCACAAGAAACGCUACCAGUCCCUGAGUGACUUGACUUCAGUGCUCUUUUACGAGGUGAUAGUGGCACCCACGGUCGAUGUGGACGCCUACGUUUGUCUUGGUCAUGAUCCUCGGAUGUCCUCCAGUUCGUGGACCAACUAUCAGGUCACCCAUAGCUCCAAUAUGAUAGGUGGUGAGAUGCACAGGUAUAACAACCAAUCCAUGGAUGUUAUAAUGCAAAUAAUUGUGGAUUCUCUGGCCGGCGACAAGCCUGUUUGGCUGAGCUGCGACCUUCACAGUCGACUUAGUGGCAAAUCGGAGCCUUUAAGCCUUAAGUCCCAUAAGUUCGACUUAGUUUUUGGCCUUGAAGUGGGCAUGUCCCUGUCCAAAGCGGAGAGACUCAUCUACAAAGAUACACGACGAGAUGCGGCCCUACUGCUCACAUCCGUUGGCUUGGACCCCAUGAACCAGCCCUUGCAGUUCCGCACCAUUAGCGCUUCGGUUAUGGGCGAUAGCUCAUCCAGCGUGAGUAUUAACCAAGACGCCGAGGAUGGACACAAAGAGGAGGAACUAAAGAAAAAGUCCUCCAAAAAUAAGGCCAUUUCAAUGGACGCUGACUGGUUGAGGGAAUACGCCUUCGAGAUUGUGGUUCACGAGAAGUUCGUGCCACCAAACGUUCUAUUUGCCAGUAGAAUCCCCCACACCAAGGAGCUGCCUGCCUGGGAUCCCAUGGGCGCCUUUCUUAAAUAAAAAUCUAAUAUCACUCACUUAAACUAAAAGUACUAUUUCCUUACACAGAAAAACAA